UCCAGGGAAGAAUACUGGAAUGGGUUGCCAUGCCCUCCUCCAUGGGAAACUUCCUGACCUAGGGAUUGAUUGAACUGUGUCUCUUAAGUCUCCUGCAUUGGCAGGCAGGCUCUUUACUGGUAGCACCACAAUUAUGAAGUGACUCUCUAAUUAUAGCAAAGAUUUUCGCCUUAAAGUUUAUUUUUUCUAUUCUUAACAUUGCUACCAUGGCUUUCUUUUGGUUAGCACUUGCAGGUGGCUCAGUGGUAAAGAAUCUGCCUGCCAAUGCAGGCAACACAGAGAUACAGUUCAAUCCCUGGGUCAGGAAGAUCCCCUGGAGUAGGAAAUGGCAAUCUACUCCAGUUUUCUUGCCUGGAGAAUCCCAUGAACAGAGGAGCCUGGUGGGCUACAGUCUAUGGGGUCACAAAGAGUCAGACAUGACUGAGCAAGUGAGACUUGGCAACUGCUAACUUUACUUCUACCCUUUACUUUUUUCUCUUUAACUUCACUGCCUCAAUGAUUAGUUUUAGGUUUUGGUCUCUCUUAUUUUUCAAUUUUUUUUAUUGGAGUAGCUUUACCAUGUUGUGUUAGUUUCUGCUAGGAAGCAAAGUGAAAUCAGCCACAUGUGUACAUACAUUCCCUCUUCCUUGGAUUUCUUUCCCAUUUAGGUUACGACAGAGCAUUGAGUAGAGUUGCCUGUGAUAUACAGUCAGUUCUCCACUCUUUUAUUUUCAGCCUUUGUGUGUGUGUGGUGUGUGUGUGUUUGAUAUAUGAUAUAACUUUCUCUACACCUUUACUGUCAACAUUUGUAUAUCUUUAGUUUUGGAUAUACAUUCACUUAGACUGGUAUCCAUGGAUAAAUGCAAUUGCUAUUAGCUUUGACUUCCUAAUGAGAAAAGUUUGCCAAAAUAAGCAUUAUUGUUUCAGUAAAACACGUUUAUUUUCUACAAAAUACCUUUGCCAAGUACUAAUAGAAGCAAGUGCUGGAAGAAAAGUAAAUGGAAACAGAAAUUUGGAUCCUUAUCCAAGCCAAAUUCAUUACGAGGUAGUAAAUAAAGAAUCAAGAUUCUAACCUCUGUUCCCCAUAAUUCCUCACAAGAGAUUGCUAUUUCCUAGGAGCAUGCCUUGAAGACAGCCCCUUUUCAAGGGGCAAGCUGGGGCCACCAUGCUCCUCUUGCUGUUAUUGUUAAUAAUAGCACUGAAGACCAAUAAGGCAUACUGCAACUUGGCCCAGUGAUGAGAUAUUCUGCCCUUUCCCCCCAGCCCUGAAUCAUCCUCACACAACAAGGAACUAGCACUUAGAAGAAAGAGGGGAUGAGUGUAAAUAGUAAAACAUCCCUUCCCUCUCACUUUCUAAGUCACUAGAGCUAGGGACAGAUUUGGGAGGUAAUGAGGAGAAGGGCACUGAAUCGAGUUUGAAAUUGAAGCAUAACAUGUACUGAAUAUCAAAUAUCAGAUAACCCCAGGUGUUCCCAGGAUCCGUAGGGCUUCCUCAGCCAAAUGAUGACAAGGCUUCUACAGCCACAUAACCACUGACUUCUGUGAUGUCAUAAAUAACUGAUUACCCUUCUCACCUCAUCUUCUCAUUUAAGUCUCUGCUCAAAAUGGUAUAACCACACAGAAUAAAUCACAUUCCUAACACAAUUUACAUUUGGCCAUAUGUUGCUAAAGUGACCUUACCUCCUGAUUGCCAUGCCAAUAACUGUGCCUUUUGGAGUACUGUGUUGGUUUUUCUUUUCUUUUCUUACUCUUGCCUUUUAUACUGCAGGCUUAGAGGAGAUGAAUCCAUCCCAAAACUGGAGGAGGAAAAGUUACUGCACAGGAAGUUGUUCCUGCCCGCGGACGGCCCCCGCACGACUGGGCGGGGCGGUGCCGGCUGUGUCGCUUCUGAGGUAGAAGACGCGCGCGGAGGGAGCGCCCCUUAGAUCCGCCUGUGUCUGUGACGUCCCUGCCGCCUAGGUUUUACCCUGCAGCAGCUGACCUACAUAAUAAAAGAAAUUUCGAGCCAAAUAUUGGAAGAGAUGUCAGAAGAUUCAGAAAAGGAAGACUAUUCAGACAGAACAAUCAGUGAUGAAGAUGAAUCAGAUGAGGAUACCUUUAUGAAGUUUGUAAAUGAAGACAUCCAUCAGUGUGCACUUUUAACAGCUGACUCUAUUAGUGACCCAUUUUUCCCUGGGACUACACAGAUACUAUUGGAAUAUCAGCUAGGGAGAUGGGUGCCACGUCUUCGUGAACCACGAGAUUUAUAUGGUGUCUCUUCUUCUGGUCCGCUGAGCCCAACACGGUGGCCAUACCACUGUGAGGUCAUUGAUGAAAAAAUCGAACAUAUUGAUUGGACCCCUUCGAAUCCUGAGCCAAUGUACAUCCCCACGGGCCUGGAGAUGGAACCCCUUUAUGCAAACUCCAAGGAAGAAACUGUGGUUUAUCUAGCUGAAGAUGCCUACAAAGAGCCGUGUUUUGUAUAUUCCCGAGUUGGGGGCAACCGGACACCCUUGAAGCAGCCUGUGGAUAACUGUGACGAUACUUUGAUGUUUGAAGCAAGGUUUGAGAGUGGUAAUCUACAGAAGGUAGUCAAAGUGGCAGAAUAUGAAUACCAGCUGACUGUGCGACCUGACCUGUUCACAAAUAAACACACCCAGUGGUACUAUUUCCAAGUCACUAAUACUCAAGCAGGAAUAGUCUACAGAUUCACUAUUAUCAAUUUCACCAAGCCUGCUAGUCUUUAUAAUCGGGGUAUGCGCCCACUGUUUUAUUCUGAGAAAGAGGCCAGUGCUCAUAAUAUUGGCUGGCAGAGAAUAGGAGACCAGAUCAAGUAUUAUAGAAACAACCAGGGGCAAGAUAGGCACCAUCAUUUUUCACUUACAUGGACGUUUCAAUUUCCACACAGUAAAGAUACCUGCUACUUUGCUCACUGCUAUCCGUACACUUACACAAACCUUCAAGAAUACCUGUCUGGCAUCAAUAAUGACCCAGUACGGUCAAAGUUUUGUAAAAUACGUGUCUUGUGCCACACAAUUGCUAGGAACAUGGUGUAUAUUUUAACGAUUACUACCCCCUUGAAGAACAGUGAGUCAAGAAAGCGGAAGGCUGUGAUUCUGACUGCAAGGGUACAUCCAGGAGAAACCAACAGCUCUUGGAUCAUGAAAGGCUUCCUAGAUUAUAUUUUAGGAAACUCAAGUGAUGCAAAGUUGCUUCGGGACACGUUCGUCUUCAAGGUGGUACCCAUGCUGAAUCCAGAUGGUGUGAUUGUAGGAAAUUAUCGUUGUUCCUUAGCUGGACGGGAUUUAAACCGUAACUAUACAUCUCUCCUGAAGGAAUCAUUUCCUUCUGUCUGGUAUACCCGGAACAUGAUCCGGAGAUUGAUGGAGAAACGAGAGGUUAUUUUGUAUUGUGACCUUCAUGGCCAUAGCAAGAAAGAGAAUAUAUUCAUGUAUGGCUGUGAUGGUAGUGAUAGAUGUAAAGCAUUAUACUUACAGCAACGAAUCUUUCCACUUAUGCUGAGCAAAAAUUGUCCAGAUAAAUUUUCAUUCUCAUCCUGCAAGUUUAAUAUUCAAAAGAGCAAAGAGGGAACAGGAAGGGUGGUGAUGUGGAAAAUGGGAAUCAGGAACAGCUUCACCAUGGAGGCCACUUUUUGUGGAUCUACUCUGGGUAAUAAAAGAGGCACUCAUUUCAACACAAAAGACUUGGAGUCAAUGGGAUAUCACUUUUGUGAUUCUCUCUUGGACUACUGUGAUCCAGACCGAACCAAGUAUUAUCAGUGCCUGAAAGAAUUAGAAGAAAUGGAGAAGCAUAUAAACUUGGAAAAAGUCAUUGAUGAUUCAGAUACUUCUCUGAAAGAAAUUACAUUGGAUCUAGAGACUAGCAGCCAUGCCUCUGACAGUUCAGAAUCCAACGACUCUCAGGCUGACCUUCUCAAGUUAAAUCCUCAGAUAAAAGCCAAGAAAAUACAACUAAAAACAAAGAAGGAAAGAAACUCUACCAUAGCAAGACAUCAAAACAUCAGAGAAGAAGAGCAAGAGGUUUGUGAUAAAGGACAUUUAGUUCAAAGACACAAAGAAUCAGUUUCUGAUGUGACAGAUACAAGGCCUUCUAUAUCAGAUGACUGUAUAUUUGAUUAUUUCAGAAGACAGCUCCCUAACCAAGCAAAACUACCUGGACGAGUCCCUGCUUGGCUUCUAAAAAGGUAUCUGAGCUCCCAAACUGUGAUUCAGAAGCUUAGCAGAGACCAACAGAGAUAUGUUUUAGAAACUCACAAGAAAAACGAGGAAACAGUUCAGCCCAGGAACAAUGAUUUGUAUGAAAACUGUGUCAAAGUGACAUCCUUGAAGUGUCCUCUGAACAAACAGACUCGCAUUUGGACUGGGACGACAAGGAUACCAACAGAAGAUCUGCAUCACAAUUUAAAAAGCACUAUGAAAGAAUGUCCAUCUUUCCAAAGCAAGAAGGCUGAUAUAAACUGGACAGAUGAUGAAAAAAGAAUCUACAGGGAUAAAAAAAUAGCUGAAACUCAAGAAAUAUUGCAGUAUUUGCUCCCCAUCAUACAUAGCACUAAAAAUGUGCAAACCACUCAGAUAACAGAGGUAUUCAACCCAAGAACCAGCUUUCAAAUCCAACAUCAACAAAAGCCAUCUUCUAACAUAAACAUAAGGAAAUGCAGCACAUCUUGGACACCACCCAGAAAUCUCCCUUUGAUGAGCCAGAGGACUCUUACAAUAAGCACUUCAAAAUGGUUCCAGUCUCUGUCCCGGAAGUCAUCUGAAAGUUCGCUGCCUCUCAGAGGGCCCAAGAAGAGGAAAAAAUAUUCUCGAGUCAAGGCCACAAAGACUAAAGACAUGAAAGCUGCCAGCAGCAAAUGGGAGAUGACUCCCUCAAGUUCUGAGAAGGAUGCAGACAAGAGUCUGCAAGCUGAAGGAUCCAGCCAGCAAGGCUCUAUGCAGACAGCCCCCCAUCCAACUAAAACUAAGGGAGGGCAGCCAAAAAAGAAGCAUGGACAGCCCACCUUUCACCUGAAGUUGCAGAGGGACAUAUAAUCUAGCUUUUUGCUGCUCUGAAAACUGUGGAUGAGAGAUAGCAUAUGCUAACACAGUAAAAAGAAAAAGCAAAGAAAGACAAAGGAAAGCCCUCCUGGCCCCUCAAUCCCUACCCCCUCCCACCUGUUCAUGUGCAUGUACUAAACUACAAACUUCAGAUAUCCUAUCUUCUUUAGUGGGGACAUCUUUCAGAGUUAAAAAGAAAUCCAGAAAAAAUAUAGAAAAUGACAAAUCACUUAGAUAUUUAUAUUUAAUUUUUGUCAAGAUAAAAAAAAGUCUGAACUUUUUAUUUCUUCUGAAAUGAUUUAUUCACACAACACCAAAAGACCCAAGACCUCAAGGCAAGGAUGACAUGUACUGCUCUUAAUGUUCCUACUAGGCACUUUAAUGAAUCAGUCAACAAACAUUGUUUCUUUAACUUCUAUCUUGCAGUGUGCUAGAAACCAUUAGUGACUUACUUCAGAGGAACAGGUAUAUCGGGCAAAUAAAUCAAGAUGGAUGGGGUAAGUGAGAAGAGAGUCAAUCUGCCUGGAGUUGCAGGUCAACAAUGGUGGCCACUACAGGAUAAAGCCAUUGAGAAUCAGGAGAGCUAGUUCAAGUUACAGGCCACAAGCUUCAUUAGGGUCCCAGGAGCAAGACGCAACUAAAGAUCUGAGGUUGGGGAAUGUACUCUCAACAAUAUUUCCAAUGGCCAAAGAGGGUUCAAGGCAAGCUCACUGGGGUAUUAAAAGAGUAACUGUUAUGUCCUGGUCUUGGUUUUAAUAGACUUUAUUUUUUAAGGAAGUUUUAGGUUCACAGCAAUACUAAUCAGAAGGUAGACUCCUAUUAUCACCAUCCCACCAGAAUGAUUCAUUUGCUACAACUGAUGAACCUACACUGAUACCUCAUUAUCAUCCAAAGUCCAUAGUUCACAUCAGGGUUUGCUCUUGGUGUUGUACAUUCUAUGGGUUUGGAUAAAUGUAUAAUGAAAUGUAUCUACCAUUAUAGUAUCAUACAAAUUAGUU